GAGAGUCUUACGACCGAGAGAGAGAGAGAGAGAGAGAUGAUAGCAAUUCGCGCCUUCUCGCGAAAAUUCCCAGCUUUCGCAUCGAUCUUCUUACAAAACCUAACUAGAAACCCAUCAAUUAAUCGGAUUUCAUUCUCGAAUCUAAAACCCAAAACGCUACUUCACCCGAUUCCGCCGAAACCCUUUACGGUGUUUGUUUCUCGGUUCCAUGACGGGAGACCAAGAGGUCCUCUCUGGAGAGGGAAGAAACUGAUCGGGAAAGAAGCCCUUUUCGUGAUUCUGGGUCUCAAGAGAUUGAAAGAAGACGACGAGAAGCUUGAGAAGUUUAUAAAAACCCAUGUUUUCAGAUUGCUGAAAUUAGAUAUGUUAGCUGUUAUCGGCGAGCUUGAACGACAAGAAGAGACUGCGUUAGCCAUCAAGAUGUUUGAGGUGAUCCAGAAGCAGGAAUGGUACCAACCUGAUGUGUUUAUGUACAAGGACCUUAUAGUAUCCUUAGCAAAGAGUAAACGAAUGGAUGAGGCAAUGGCGUUGUGGGAGAAAAUGAAGAAAGAGAACCUCUUUCCAGAUUCUCAGACUUAUACUGAAGUUAUUAGAGGGUUUCUGAGAGAUGGAUGUCCCGCUGAUGCCAUGAAUGUGUAUGAGGACAUGUUGAAGUCCCCGGAUCCGCCGGAAGAGCUGCCGUUUAGGGUUUUGUUGAAAGGGCUUCUGCCGCAUCCGCUUCUUAGAAACAAAGUGAAGAAAGAUUUCGAAGAGUUGUUCCCUGAGAAACAUGCGUAUGAUCCACCAGAGGAGAUAUUUGGUAGAUGCUGAGGGGAAGUCUAUCUUGAUCCAAGAUCCAGAAUGUGUGAUCAUGAAGAAGCAUCAGUAGAUCUGAUCUGAGCAAUUGGCGAAACAAACUGUUACAUCCACAAGAAAAAAGACUUAGUUAGUUAGACGAACCCAGAUUAUGUAGCGACUUCUAGUCCUUGUUAUGAUGCUUCAUAAUAUUAGGCAAAGACCAAAAUUUUGUGAAUCAGCAUCUUUUAUGUAGCGACUUCUAGUCCUUGUUAUGAUGCUUCAUAAUAUUAGGCAAAGACCAAAAUUUUGUGAAUCAGCAUCUUUUAUGUAGCGACUUCUAGUCCUUGUUAUGAUGCUUCAUAAUAUUAGGCAAAGACCAAAAUUUUGUGAAUCAGCAUCUUUUAUGUAGCGACUUCUAGUCCUUGUUAUGAUGCUUCAUAAUAUUAGGCAAAGACCAAAAUUUUGUGAAUCAGCAUCUUUUAUGUAGCGACUUCUAGUCCUUGUUAUGAUGCUUCAUAAUAUUAGGCAAAGACCAAAAUUUUGUGAAUCAGCAUCUUUUAUGUAGCGACUUCUAUUCCUUGUUCUGAUGCUUCAUGAUAAUAGUCAAUGACCGAACUUGAAGGGACAAGAAGAACAUAUUUAGUUUGGGAUCAAAGAUAUUUGACCAUUCUUUAUUAAUGUGACAUUACUGG